AUGGUAUUGAAAGAGCUGGUGGACCUCUUCGAAGGCCCGGCGUGCGGCUUCCGGGUGGGCCAGUUCCCGAGUAUCGACCAAGAUGAGCUGUUUCUGACAGUUGCCUUGGAUGAUGAAGAGGUGAUGGAAGCCAUCGGCCAGGAGGAGGAGUUCCCAGCCAUGCUGAGCGAGGAGGCUUACAGAGCUCACAUCUGCCCUACGGACGACUCCCGCGGUGGGGGCAUCUUCCGGGAGUCCAGAUACGGGGAGCACAUCGACGGCACCCCGCAUACGAAUCGCUACCCGGGAUACGUCCGCUUCCACCUGCGCUUCCGGGAGAUCUUGGCGCCCUGGAACGAGGCGGAGCGCAUCCGGCUGCUCCGCAGGCGCAUGCGGAAGUUUGUGAAGUUGCACCGCUUGGUCGAGGAGGGCAUUGCGAAGCAAGUCUUCUGCGCCCAUCACUGGCACGACCUCACGAAGUUCCGGCGCGAGAAGCGCUGGAAUGAUCCCUUCGCGUUGCUGCAGUGGCCGAGUGAAGAGAUUCCGGAUUGCAUUCAGCUUUACUUCGGGCCCGACGUGGCCUUCUUCUUCCACUGGUUCAACGCCUACACGCGUUGGCUCUUGUGCCCGGCCAUACUGUCCAUGCCCAUCUUCCUGCAGGAGCAGGUCGCUGCCAGGCCGAUGAGCUGGGGAGGCCUCACUCCCUGA